GUGGGUGCAGACAGAUGUGGGCCCACCCAGGGUUUAUGUCCUAUAUUCCCACGCGCACUUACAAUGGAGCGUGAGUCUUUGUGUUUCUAGUUCGACCCACCCAAGAAGAAUUCUUAUUAUCAGAUUCAAAAAAAAAAAAAAAAAAAGAGAGAAUUCUUAUUAGUUAUCAUCUCUCAAACACAAACAAACCCUUCUUUCCCCUCCCUUAUUUUAUGGUCUCCAUAAGUAUUCUCUUCAAAAUCCGACCUCUCCUAAUCUCUCUCUCUCUUUCUUUUUCUUCUCCCUUCUUUCAAUUUGUCAUCGUUUCUUGUUUUUUUGGUGGGACUUUUGGAUUAGUAAUGACAGCACCAAACAUGGCAACGAUCACAGAAUCUUUGGAGAGGUCUUUACAAAACUGUUCUUUGAACCAAGAAAGAAGAAGCAGCAGCAGCGGAGGUGGCGUUGAAGAAGGGAUAAUAGGGAGGUCUUUGACAUCAGAUGAUAACAACCUUCCAAACACCGGUUCUGACACUAGCUUGGAGCUCAACUCCCAUCUCUCUCUUCCUUACCAUUGGGAACAAUGCCUUGAUCUAAAGACAGGGGAGAUUUACUACAUAAACUGGAGGAAUGGAAUGAAAGCAAGGGAGGAUCCAAGGACAGCAGCUGAUUACAGUGGAGAUUUCUACUCAGAAGAAGAGGAGGAAGAAGAAGACGAUGAUGAUAGAUCAUGUGACAGUGAGGGGUCACCAUCGGAGUCAUCUCCUUCUUCAAGAGAGAGAGGACAUUACAGUAAUAACAACAACAGGAACAACAGCCAACAUCGGUCAGAGAAAGGCAAAGAUAAUGUCUUGGUUGUGGCUGGUUGCAAGAGCUGUCUUAUGUAUUUCAUGGUCCCCAAGCAAGUCGAAGAUUGCCCCAAAUGUAAUGGUCAACUUCUUCACUUUGAUCGAUCCGAAAGUAGUUGUCCAUGAAUCCUCUGUCUCCUUUUCUCUUUUUAGUUUUUUUUCUCCCUUUUCCAAUCUUCUUAAUUAGCUUGCUUUAUUCAUGAUCCAGCUUUUUUUUUUAUUUUUAUAUUUUUGAAUUUGAAAGAUUUUGAGGUGUGGAAUGAUGGCAUAUUAGACAAAUGAAUUAUUACUUCUUUUUCUCCCUUUAUGUUUUGCGUUUGUUUUGGGCGCCAUUGAAGUCCCAGCCGGAGCUGAGUUGAGGUUAAUGGUAAAAGAAAGAGAGAAUAAUAUUGAUGAUGAUUGCGACGUGUGGCUUUUAUUAUCGUUAGUUUCAUUUUUUUUUCCCCAGACAUGCUUUAUUCUAAGUAUUCUAAUUUCUCUGUGUAUCAGAACACUUGUAUUGACCUAGCGCAUCAUCAGUACAUGGAAUUUAUGCCGAUGUGCACUAUUCUUUUC